AUGUCUUCGAACCCCGUCUUCAGAUCCGGGAACCUCGCAGUCAUCACAGGUGGAGCCUCCGGAAUCGGUCUCGCCCUCGCAGCAAAAUGUGCAAGCUACGGCAUGAGCGUGUUGAUUGCAGACAACAACAGCGCCAACCUGUCUUCUGCAAAGUCGAGCAUUAAAGGCAAGGUUGAGACGGUCGAGGUGGACGUUAGCAAGGUCUCGGACUUUGAGAAGCUGAAGGCUAAGGUGGAAAAGGACUUCGGAGGUGAAAUCCACCUCCUUGCUCUCAAUGCAGGAAUUGGCCUCAAAGGCAGCUGGGAAGACAGCUCCUACUUCCACAAGAUCAUGGACGUAAACCUCUUCGGCGUGAUCCAUGGUCUCAACACCCUGCUCCCGCUCGUCACAUCCCACUCAACGGCCUCGCACCCAUCAAGUGUAAUCAUCACCGGUUCGAAGCAGGGAAUCACGAAUCCACCCGGAAACGCAGCAUACAAUGCUUCAAAAGCUGCUGUCAAGACACUGGCUGAGCACUUAUCAUUUGAUCUUUCGAAAUCGUCGCCGACGACUUCGGUCCAUUUGCUUGUUCCGGGCUGGACGUUUACUGGUUUGUCGGGAAAUGAUCCAUCAAAGAAGGGCGAGAAGGAGAAGCCUAAGGGGGCGUGGUGGCCUGAGCAGGUUGUUGAUUAUCUGGAAGCUAAGAUGGAGGAAGGGGGAUUUUAUGUUAUUUGUCCGGAUAACGAUGUUACGGAGGAGACGGACAAGAAGAGGAUGCGAUGGGACAGAGAGGAUUUGGUGAAGGGUCGGCCUCCGUUGACCAGGUGGAGAGAGGAUUAUAUGAUCGAAGCAGAGGAGUCGAUGAAAAACAUGAAGAUAUGA